AGACGAACUGACAUUUCCUUCACAGCAAUUUUAUUUACAUUUGUGAUUUGUGUUUUUCUAUGAUUGUGUGUAUUUACCUUCUUGUUUAAUACUGAAAAUUCAUUAUGACAAAUACCGACUUAAAGUGUGUUGUUAAUUUUCUGAAACACCACGAAUCAGAGAGUGAAACUAGUGAUAAUACGUUAGGUAAAUAUUUUGAUUCAUGUUUGAAGUUAUGCGAUUUAGUUGAAAGUUGCGAUUUGCCCACUGGAGAUUCGGAAUUUCAGGAUGCAGUUGCUACUUGCAUCAAGUCACUAGAAAAAUGUACUCUUAUGGUCAACGAGUUAAAUCUGUUCAGCUCUAAUGAAACCAUAGAAGAAAUACAGACAUCAAGUUUAAAGUAUCUUCUGCUUCCUGCUUUAUUAGGCUCACUAAAAUUAAAAAUACAAAAUAAAGAAAUGGCAAAAAAUUUGGAGAACAUUAAAAUAGCUGAGACAUAUUUCCAUGAUUUCCUUCAUCGUUGCAAAAACUAUGAAAUAUGCAGAAUCUCAUUUCUUGAUAAAUGUCAGGAAGAACUGUUAGAUGAUGCAGAAUCGAAUCGAACAAAGACUCCAAUUGUACCAACUGUUUCAGAUUUGGCAGCAACACGGCAGAGAAAAAUUGAGCUUUAUAAAGAAAAGAAGAAAUUACAAGCCAGAGAAAAGGAACUAAAGCCUGCUUUAGAAAGAAAAGAUGCUGAAGAAUACAUAAGAGAAUAUUAUUUGGUGCUCUUGGAACGAUGGAUAGUUACUGUGAUAGAAGAGCUUGAUAAUACUAAAAGAGAAAAACCAAUUUUAGAAAGUAUAGUUCAUAGGGUAUCAUCAAAAUGUACAGAAAACUUAGUAGAAAAGAAAAAAAAGCCAGAAACUAAGCCUUUAAAACCUUUUAUAAUUACAAAAGACGAAAUUCAAAAGAGGGUAUUUGGCAUGGGUUACCCUAGCCUUCCUGUAAUGACUAUUGACGAUUUUUAUCGACAAAGAUUUGAAAAGUAUGUUGAAGACCAAAAGUCUGCCACUAGCGCCUCUUUACAAGAUCGAGCCCUAAAGGGAGAAGCUGAUGAAAAAGAGGUAGAAGAAAUUCACAAGGAAGAACUUCUGGAAAAAGAUGAUCCAGAAGCGCUACAAAAAGCUAGAAACUGGGAUGACUGGAAAGAAGAUAAUCCUAGAGGCAGUGGUAACAGAAAAAACAAGGGGUGAAGGAGAAAUUUAUCAUGUAAUGCAUUGUAAAUUAUUAUUGAAUAAUGUGAAUCAUGUUUUCA